UCAAUAAACCAAAGGAUCAUUAUUGUACUGAUUACAAAAGUUGCAUUUGACGUAAUUGGGUCAAGGCGGGGAGCGAUAAUCCAAAUAGGAAAAGUAAAAUUAACCAGAUGCCUGAAGGAAUCAACAAUGGUUCCUCUCUCCAGAACCCCUCAAAUGAUUCAGGCGAAAUUAGAAUGAAAUUCAAUCAAAAUUGGUGUGCUUCCCCCUCUAAAGUUGCAUCUCACUUUGGAACAAGUGGUGUUGCUGUUGCUGCAGCCACCGGCAUCACACAUCCAUUAGAUGUACUCAAAGUUAGACUGCAAAUGCAACUUGUGGGACAAAGAGGUCCGCUAAUUGGAAUGGGACAAACUUUUGUUGAAGUUGUUAAGAAAGAAGGAACUCGUUCCUUGUAUCUUGGUUUGACACCAGCAUUGACAAGGUCAGUUCUUUAUGGAGGUCUACGUUUAGGUUUGUAUGAACCUUGUAAAAAUUUCUGUGAACUGGCCUUUGAGUCCACUAACAUCUUCAUGAAGAUUGCAUCUGGAGCUGUUUCUGGUGCUUUUGCCACUUUGCUUACCAACCCUGUUGAAGUUCUAAAGGUGCGUUUGCAAAUGAACCCUAAUGCACGUAGUCGUAGAGGAGCAAUUAGUGAACUGCAGAAAAUUGUCAGAAAAGAGGGCGUAACAGCUCUUUGGAAGGGGGUGGGACCCGCUAUGGCCCGGGCAGGAGCUUUAACAGCAUCACAGCUAGCAACAUAUGAUGAAUUCAAGCGGGUCUUAAUAAAACGGACACCUCUUGAAGAAGGAUUCUAUCUUCAUCUCAUGUCGAGUACAGUAGCGGGUUUGGUGAGCACACUGAUAACUGCACCUAUGGACAUGGUUAAAACGCGUCUCAUGUUACAACGAGAAUCUAUGAGUGAUGGAGCUUACAAAAACGGGUUCCAUUGUACAUAUAAGGUUCUGAUCACAGAGGGACCUCGAGGACUCUACAAAGGGGGCUUUGCAAUUUUUGCACGAUUAGGUCCACAAACAACAAUCACAUUUAUAUUGUGUGAGAAGCUGCGAGAAAUUGCUGGAUUAAAAGCAAUUUAGUCUCUAAGUCUAUGACUACUAGGUAUGGGUCAUAUACUGUGUGGAGGAUUCUAUGUGGCACCCCUUUAACAUUGUUAAGACCAAGCAAACAUCAUCUCACCUUCAUGUUAUGUGGAGAGAUCUUGAAGGCUCAAUAUAGCUCAAGCGUGGGGAGAAAGGCUUCACCAAUCAGCUUUCAAAAAUAAAAAUCUGCUUGUUUUUUAUUUAUUUUUUCCUCUCAAAUAUGGUAUGGUUGUGUAGUAGGUAUUUCCUAUUGAAUAUAAAAU